GUAGCGACCCGGGACCGGCUCCGGGAUGGGGAGUGAAGUCCCCGGAGCCGCGGCGGCGGCGGCGGCGGCGGCGGCGCCUUGAGGAGCAGCCACGGGGAGGCAGCUGCCGCUCGUCGGUGAGUAACUGGGAAGCGCCACCAUGACGUUUCGUAAGAAGGGCUCCAAGAACCCCCCAGUCCUGAGCCAGGAAUUCAUCCUGCAGAAUCAUGCGGACCUUGUCGCCUGUGUGGGGAUGUUCUUCGUGCUGGGGCUCAUGUUCGAGGGAACAGCAGAAGUGUCGAUCGUUUUUAUUACUCUCCAGCACGGUGUUACCUUCCCUGCCGAAGAAGCAGAAGAAAGAGCCACAGCACCUAAGUUCCUUUAUCAUUAUGGUGCCAAAGAUUUGGCCACAGUGUUCUUCUACAUGCUGGUGGCAAUCAUCAUUCACGCCACUAUUCAAGAGUAUGUCUUGGAUAGAAUUAACAGGCGAAUGCAGUUCCCCAAACCGAAACAAAGCAAAUUUAACGAAUCUGGUCAGUUUAGUGUAUUCUUCCUUGUCUCUUGUAUUUGGGGCACAUUCAUUCUACACUCUGAAAACUGCCUGUCAGACCUGACUGUCUUAUGGAGGGCUCAUCCCAAUAACAUGAUGACAUUUCAGAUGAAGUUUUUCUAUAUCUCACAGUUGGCUUACUGGUUUCACGCCUUUCCUGAACUCUACUUCCAGAGAAUCAAACCUCAAGAUCUCUCCCAGCAAGUUGUCUACGUUGGUCUUCACCUCUUUCACAUUGCGGGAGCUUACCUCUUGUACUUGAAUCACCUGGGACUUCUUCUUUUGAUGAUGCAUUAUUUUGUGGAAUUCCUUUCCCACUUUUGCGACCUGUUUUAUUUUAGCGAUGAAAAGUACCAGAAAGAGUUUUCUCUGUGGGCCAUUGUGUUUAUUUUGGGUCGACUCGUGACUUUAAUUGUUUCUGUGAUCACUGUUGGUUUUCACCUGGCUGGAGGGCAGAAUGGGAAUUCGGACGGCACUACCGAAGAUGUGAACGUGUUGGCAGCGAAAAUUGCUGUUCUGUCAUCCAGUUGCACUAUCCAAGCAUACAUAACAUGGAAUUUAUUUAAUGUUCAGCUUCAGAGGUGGAUGGAAGAAGAUGCUCCUCUUCAGGCCCCAAGUGUGAAGAAGAAACGGACUAAGGGCAGGUUUUCUAGAAAAGGAACAGAAAACGGUGUGGCAACUUCAAAUAGAGUAGACUCUCCCCAUGUGAGGAAAGAAAAAUCUUCAUAAUGAAUUGCAGGUUAAUUGACUAAUGUCUCUAAAGAAGUCUGCUCUUUGCUAUAAGAUACCUUUCUUCGCUGGAGACUUUUCUGUUCUUGAAAAUAGUCUGUGUUGUCCUUGAUUUCUGCUACUGUACUGUGUAAUGUAUGUUUUUAAAAGGCAUUUGAGGGGAGGAUGAUUAUUACGAGUGGAAAAAUAUUUAGUUUAGACUAAGCUACUCAUCAUCAACAUGGUUUAGGGAUUGCUAUAUUUCCUUUUUUACCUUUGAACAUUUUCCUAAUUUGUAGAGAUAACUCCAAAGCUCCACGUAUCAGUGACACAGUUCUUGCUCCCACCAAUCUUUUGUAACGUUAACAAGAUGGUCUUUUAUAGCAAUGACAUAUUUUUAAUGUUCUCUUCUAGGAUAAAAUAGAAAGAUUAUAAAUCUGGAAGUCAAUUUCAUUAAGUUUUCCGUAUUCCCUAAUUCUUAGAAUGUUUUUUUUUUUUUUGAAUUGACAAGUGGAGAAGAGAUUUGUAAAACCAACAAAAUAAUGAUGUAUUUUGUAGGUAGUGGUUGUUAGUGUUACAUCCCACUAAAAAAACCCAAGAUACUAAUGGUUAACAUGUGGAGACUUAUUGCCAUAUAUUGAAUCAAAAUAUCUUGAAUCAACAUUAUUACUAAGAGGAAAAAUCAUACUUGUCCAUUUUAAACACUUGUAAACUGGAAAUCAGAAAAUUAAAGACUGUUAAAAGGAAAUCAGACUUAAAUAACUUUUUUGAUAUGUGUAUUAAAAAUCAUUCUUCAUGAGUGUUUGGUAUCCACAGCAUCUUAGAAGAAUAUUGUUUAACCUGUAAAUCAUUUUGGAAAAUAAUGCUUACUUGAUUUAUAUCUAUAAAAAGAAUGUCAUCUAAUUACAUGUUGAAAACAUUUAAUAUACUAACCUUAAAUAAUGUGUAAAUCAUAUUCUUAUGAAGGCUUUUCAAAAUAAUGUUAUAAAUAUAGCUUUGCUUCCAUCUUUAAUUGGGAAACAUUUAUCUGUAUAAGACAUAUUUUAGAGAUAUAUAUGUGUAUAUAUGUAUAUAUAUGCAUAUAGGUAUGUGUAUAUAUGUACAUAUAUGCAUGUGUAUAUAUGUACAUAUAGGCAUAUAUGUAUGUGUAUAUAUAUAUAUGUAUAUAUAGGUAUAUUGUAUCUUUAGAGAAGCCAAUGGACUGUAGUGGUAUUUAUUAUAUUUAUUUUCUUCUCUCAACCUUUAGUUUGAUUUUAUUUCCAUAAUGUGAGUGCUUAUAUUUUUUUCAGGAGACAGUGCUUUAAAAAUAUGCUAGGAUAAGGCCAUAUAUUUCCUAUUCCUCUCUAUAUUCUCCUACCAUGUCUCUCAUAUCUCUGCUUCUGAUAACCUUCCAUUUGGCUUGUUGUAAGUAAUUCAACUUUCCCAAUCAUGGGGGUCCCUGCAAAUUAAACUAAUGCAGGUAUAUUGCACACCAAAGACAGAGGAGCCACGCUUGGCAAAACAUUCUUUUCUAUUCUUUCUGCUUUGAGAGGUACAUAACAAAGCAAGAUUGUUUCUGUUUUGUCUGUAGAAUCCAUCAUCCUACUAUUUCUUUUUUUCUCAGUUGCCAAAUACAGUAGUUUUGGUAGCACAUGCUCUAGGUCCAAAGUACAAUAACUUCACUUUAACCAACCACCAUGCAAUUGUAAAACAAAGAUUUUUCAGAGUGGUCUUUUUUCUCACUUC